UUUGAAUUUUUUCAGAAAUUCACUUUGGCUUUGGUAUGUGCCAUUUUGGGCGUUGCUGCUGCUGAUGUCUCGCAUUUGAGUGGGGCAUAUGAUUAUCCCAAACAGGAUGCAGGUUAUGGCUACAGUGCUCCCGUUCAACAAGGUGGUUAUGACUAUCAGGCUCCUGUAGCACCUCAACAAACCUAUUUGCCUCCUGCCCAACCCCAGCAAACUUACUUGCCACCUGCUGAACCCCAACAGACCUAUUUGCCACCUGCUGAACCCCAGCAGACCUACUUGCCUCCUGCCCAACCUCAACAGACCUAUUUGCCCCCUGCCCAACCUCAACAGACCUACUUGCCUCCUGCUCAACCUCAACAGACCUACUUGCCUCCUGCUCAACCCCAACAAACCUACUUGCCACCCAGUGGAGAUCUUGGCCAAGAUGGUUACCACUAUCGCGUUGUCAAACGUUAUCGUUUCAGAUCUCAUUAAAUGGUGUAAUAAUCAAUAUUACUGGCGCCGACUGUAAUUGUUUUUUUAUAAACGUUGUUAAUUGUUGUUUGGGUAUCAGCCCAAAGAUUUGUAAUAAAUCAUUUUGU